AUGUCGGUGAAAAUAUUUGUAGAAAUCGGUCACGUGGCCACCGUCAAGAGCCGGCCUACGGCCGAGGGCUACACGCACGACUGGGAGCUGUUUGUGCGCGGUCCGGACGGGGCCGACAUCAGCCACUUUGUCGACAAGGUGGUCUUCAAUUUGCACGAUUCGUUCCCACGACCGAAGCGAGUUUUCAAAGAACCGCCCUAUCGUGUGAAGGAAGCCGGCUACGCAGGAUUUAUGUUGCCGGUUGAGGUGUACUUUAAAAAUCGUGACGAUCCGAAGAAAGCCCUGUUCAACUACGAUCUCGAUCUUACACCAGUCAAAAGCCAGCGUGAGGAGUAUGUCUUUCUCAACCCUUCGGAUGAGUUCCGGCGGAAGCUCCUGAAGGGCGGCGGUUUUCCAGUGGCAGGCGGUGGUGCAGCUGGGACCGGAACCGGCGGCAGUAGCAGCAGUGCCAGCACUGAUUAUAAAGCCAACCGUGGCCAUAUCGGUGGGGACCGAUCGGGCACGUCGCAAGAGAAAAAAUUGAAAUCCAAAUCCUCGACGGACGACUCGAAAGGAUCGUUUGCGAAUCUAUUUGGUCCACCGGGCUACAUUUCCCAUAAACCGGGCAGCGGCGGCGGUAGUAAGGUGUCGCCGGAUCCAAAGCAACAACAAUCAGCCGGAUCAUCCGCUGGUGCUGGCAGUAAGACGUCGCCUGGUGGUGGUGGUGGCGGCGCACCGGCCAGCAUUAGCAACAACUCCAGUGCCAGUGGCAAGGGCCAAGUGAGUCAGAAAUCGUCGAACGACCGCAACAGCAGCAGCAUCAGCAAUGUGCCUGGCUCAUCGUCAUCGAUUUCGUCGUCGAAGGAGAAGGACAAAUCUUCCUCCCGCCACAAGCACUCGAGCCCGAACAAGGAAAGCAAAAAGUCCUCUUCCAGCGCGGGCACCGUGCCGGUCCCGUCGUCCGGCAUGAUGGAGGAAAAGCACAGUAAAGACAAGAAGGACAAAACCCACUCGAAGGAGCGAGACAAAGCCAAUGGCAAGGAAAAGAACUCCAGCAGUAACAACGCCGCUGGUGGAGGCGUGCCAGUGCUGGCAUCGUCAUCCGUCGCGUCCGUGAAACGACCCGUAACGGCCAGUCCCAAGCGCAACAGCACCACGCCUGCUGUCAGUUCGAAUUCAAACGGUAGUGUUAGUAAUAAUAGUAAUAAUCCUACAGUUCCUACUAGUGGUACGAGCAGUACUAGCGCCUCGGCUUCCGGUGGCCCCCUCGGCGGGGCCAAAGGAUCGGACGGCAAACGAAGCGCUGGCAAUACUGGUGCUGGUAACGAGAAGGAAAAGAAGAGCAGCAAGAAGGAUAAAAAAAGCUACGACAAGGAUAAAGAUCGGACUGAUUCAUCCGGCGUACGGAAAACGGAUCAAAAAUCGAGCUCUUCGGCGGGCGGUGCUAUCUUGUCGAAGGAUACAUCAAAAUCAGCCCCCGGUCCCGUGGGAUCGGCCAGUAAAACCAACUCCUCACAUCACUCCACCGACGGUGCCCUAGGGAACAAGGAAAGUACCGGCAGCAAGUCGUCAUCUGGCGUCCCGACAAAUAAUGCCAUCGGAAACACCGCGGGACCAGCAGCCGGUGGUUUCACGAAAGAAAAGAAGGGUGAUCCGGGGUCCGGAGCUACGAAAUCGGAUCAAAACACUGGACCGGCGUCGUCGAAAGUGACCGAAAAACCGCAAGACUCGAAAGAUCGGGAAAAGGACGAACGGAGACAUAAGCACAAGAAAAAGGAUAAAUCGAAGGACAAGGAAAAGGAUCGACCGUCGAGUGGGAAGGACAAGAAGGAUCGCCAGAAGGAAAAGGCGGCUGGUGACCACAAAGCAGCCGCCACCGGCUCGUUCUCAACUCCAACGCGGGAAGCGAACGAGGGUAGCGCUACCGUGCCAUCGAAAGCAAAGCACGCCCCAACCAGCGUCGAUCCAACCACCAAACCAACCGGUCACGAUCGGCAGCAGCCCACUCCAAGCUAUGGUGCCAGUGGGGCGCAGCAAAAGCAUCACGGCGUCGUGAAGACGUCCACCACACCGAUGACCGCACCACUGAUUGGUGAUAUCAGUGAAGGGGAACAUUCAGACGGCUCCGAUACUCCCGACAGUCGGCCGCCGUCGACAGUAGCCAACGAAAAAGAUUCGGAAGCAUCGAACAGCAGCAUAGCGGAUCUGAUCGGUGGUAAUGGCCCGCAUCACCAGCAACAACAGGCACAGCAACAGCAGCCCCGAUCCUCGUCGACAACUUCCACCAGCACGACCGGAUCCACACGGCGAGAGCCAGCUCAGAACUCGUCGGAACGGCAUCAUCACAAGUGGAAAAAAGAGAAACCACCCAAAGCAGGCGGAAGUUCGGCGGCCACGGCAACACCUCCUCCGGUGCCAGAUGCGAAGGACAGUGCGUCCAAGGAAUCGAGCAAGAAGCGCAAGCGAAAAACUAAAGACAAUGAUCUGGCAUCCGAAAAGGGACCGAAAGACGGAACGGCCACUACUGAACCGUCGGUGGCGACUGGUCGGCGUAGCCCCUCGCCACCGUCACCGCCCGCUUCGACCGGCAGUCUGAUGGAACCGCCGGCUAAAAUACCGAAAAAGGACGACCAUCUGUUCGACAGUGGUAUCGGUGUCGACUCUGCCAAUAACAAUAACAUUAUCACGAAGCAAUCGGUUGGCACUGCGGGCACCGUCGCUAGUGGUGGUGGCAGUGGUGGUGAUAAUGGUGGCAGCUCAUGGUCCAGUGGAACGGCAGGAACUGGCCAGGGCAGUGGAGCGCCAGGAAGCGGUGCCAGCGAACUAAGCAACUCCACCACCACUGCCAACAACACCGCACUGACAGGGGACUACAUGUCGGAGCUGAAGGACUUGCAGCACAAAAUCAUGACCCUGAAGGAUAACAAUGAGCUGCAGCGCGUAGUGGAAAUGAUUGCCGCUACCGGGUGCUACGAAAUCACGAAGUAUACGUUCGACUUCGAUCUGUGCGCCCUGGAUCGGCCGACCGUGCAGCGGUUGCAGGAAUUUUUCGCCAGAACUUGAUGCUAGAGCGUAGCGAUCCUUUUCGAACAAACGGAACAAAACUGCGAAGUAAACGCAAUUUAGAUUAAGAGUCAAGGGUCGAGACAGAAUUACUGAUAGAACGGUGUUGAAUUUAGUAUUCAGUUUUGAAGUACUCUACAAUUUGUGCACGUUUUGCUGUAGAUAUAUUUAUAUUAUUUGGUUAAAACGGUCGGGCUUACAAAUUUAUACAAAUAUUUGUAUACUUUUCCUGUCGAAAUUACACAAAAAAAUGAAUGAUAGAGAGAGAGAGAGACAGAAAGAGAGGUUGAUUCAGAGAUUUUUUUCGUUUCUUCGCUAGUAGGCUAGGUAAUUCUAGAAACAAAACCCGAUCACAGUAAGCAAAGCCAAGUCGUUUGUGUCGUGAGCCCGCCACCAAGGAUUCGAUCAAGUAUUCUGAAAAACAACCUCCUCGGAAAUCCGCGACGAAUUUUGACUGCUUUGAUUACGUAUUAUUGUAUUAAUUCAUUCGAUUCGAGGCGACAGGAAUCUUUUAGUUUGUGACUAGUUUUGUAUUUUCGUUGGACAAUUAUUAUUGGACAGCAACAGUAAGCCCGUGGGCACUCAUAAAUCGACAAAAAAAGGCGAGUCUCGUUGUUAGAGGCGAUCCUGUUUAUACCGAGGCAUAUCAACCUUCGCGGCAAAUGGCUGGCAGCAGUCUUGGCUUUUUCUCCCAUUUCUUUUAUAUGUAACACAGUAACAAUUUGGCCUUCACUUGAAAGAUAAAAAGAAAAGAAAUACGUAAACCAUAGCUCCACACGGAAGGAGCCUGUGGCUGCCUUGUCCCUUUAUGCAAUCACUAACAGCAGAACCUUAAAAAUGGCCGAAAAGAACCAGUUAAUUAUGAAGCAAACAUAGAUAAGACACACAAGUCACAGUGGCAUCACGAUAAUUGCGUACGGCCGAUUUUGCCAAUCCUUAUUUAUAAAUCCUUGUUCGAUGCUAUAAUCUCUUCCCUGCCACACGCAGAAACUAUCACGAUGCAAUACUCUUUCCUCUCAUCCUAAGGAGAAGGACGCCACAGAACAGGACGACGGAGCAAGACAGGCGAAAGUCACAAUUAGUUUGUAGGACCCUGUAGCAUCCAGCGGUUAAGAUAGCGAUUAAUCAUUCGUCUCUCGUUUGCACAACGAUUUUUCUUUGACCGUUACCAGAAGGGACUUGCACUGCGCAGAAUUAGACCGGCACCACUGGCAAGCUUCUUGUGGAGCGAAGGGCCAUCUGUUGCUAACAGAAAAACAACGGAAGGGGCCGAAAGAACUGAACUCUUAUCUCGGUGUACGUUGAUAAACGUUGUACAUAGCACUGAAAAUGUAAAAUACAUUGUAAUGAAAAAAAUAUCGUGAAUUAGCCGAUUCCAAGCCGAUUAAUGAUCACGCGCAAGGAAUGGAGAUACCCACUUGUAAACCUAUAGAGACGUACAGUUACACAGCUUAUUUUGCGCCACUAUGAAUCACAAUACAGCACUCCCGGGCUAGAACGGCUUCAGGGGAAAGAUUAGAGUGUUUUCUUACGUUCGUAAAAAAGUAUUUAUGAAUAUAACAAUUACAUUACACGCCAGCAAAAUGGGUAGUGUGGACGAGCGAUUGGAGGAGCCACAGCACAGAAAGCGUGUUUAGUUACAGAGUUGGAGUUGGCAGGCUUCGAAAGAUCACGAUCGCGCAUGGAGCGCGCAGGAGAAAUAUGCUAACACGCAGAUCACGCAGACGCAACGCAGUGUUUUAGGCUGUCGCGACCUAACCACAGGACUACAGGACAUCAUGUAACAGUUGUUUAUUGAUAUGUACCUUAUCUUACACCGAGUAGCAUGAGACAUACACAUAACGUGAAUGGGGCCUUUCCCAGGUGUAGUGGAGAAGCAGGUGAUGGAAGAAAUCAUAAUAAAACCA